AUGCGCAUGCGCGGCUAUUACGACACGCGCACCGUGGGCGCUUCGAUUCUUAAGAACGGUCUCGCGAUCCGCACGUGGAUUAGGGAGCUCGGGAUCAUGUGGGUGGACGCCAAGACGCGGCGAAGCCACUCGUUUCGGAUUCUGGCUCGCGACGGGAAGGAUACGGCGAGAGGGAAGGGGUUUCUGAAGGAGAUCGAGUAUGGCGGGCGAAUGCUGCCCCUGCUGAAGCUCGGCGGGCGGUACGCGCUGGACGGCGGGCUGAGCUUCUCCUUCGAUGCUUACGAGUCGCAGGGCGGCGGUUACUUCGACGUGGACGCGUACCACCUCGAGAUUGCCGACCUUCUCGACCUUGAUAUAAAACUUCGCGUCGCGCACCCGCUGCUGCAGACGCCCGACGACGCGCAGGCGCACAUCAACGUGCAGUUCCUGCAGGUGCUCGGCACUCCCGAGGUUCACGGGAUCGUCGGGCAGACGUACCGCGACGGCCGCGAGAAGCGCACGGUUACAUUUGCGGAGCUCGCGGAACUCACGGGGAGGCCCAUCGCGGCGGACGGGGAGGAAGGGAAGGGGUUUCUAGACGGCGAUGUGAUUGAUUACACUACGUCCGGGGUUCUACGAGCGGAUUGCCGCUACACCGCGUUCAGCGGGGAGAGACGGCCGCACACCGCGGCGGAUAUCUUGCUCCGGCGCGCUGCGGCGGCCGGCGCAGCGGCUUGCGGUCACUGCAACACGCCACAUCCUGGAUCGGCGGAGUAG